AUGGCUUCGGCCCCAGGCCCCCCGCCAUCGACACGGGAGCACGGCCACACCGGCGUCGCCUCCGUGCGCUUGCGACGCACGUCUGCCAUCAAGUCCGGGGAGUCGGCGAAAGCUGCUGCGGGGGCUUCCGCAUCGAACCAAGAGGCUGCCAAUAAUGCGGGUCGAGGGAGAGCCAAUCGCCAGGAAACGCGGCGCGAUCGGCUCUUCACGUUCCAGAACCCGCGGCGCGGGCAGCUCGAGUCGAGCGUGACGAUUGCAGUGCUGCAGGAAAAUCUGAGGACGCUCACGGCUCUGAGUCAGCGAGAGAAGGCGCUCUCGGCUUCACUGAAGCAGGAAGUGAGUCGACUCACAGAGGCGCUCGCUAAGCUGAAUGAGAAGCAGGAGUCCGAGAAGGUCGAGCAUGAGAAAAAUGCUGCUCUCCAGACGACCCAGAAGGUAGAACGGCAAGGAGAUCCGUGCUUUUUGCCAGAUAUACACGGGGCAUCAACGCUGGCAGCAGCGACUGCAGCCUUGCAGCAGCACACGCAGAUGGAGGUGCUAUCGCUCGAGAAUCGCUGUUCCCACAUGACGGAGAACAACAAAAAGCUCUUGACCAAGAUCCAGCAGCUGGAAAACGCGCAGACGGAGGCACACGCUCAAUUGCAGGUUUUGCAGCAGGAUAAUGCACGACUGGAGACGGAAACGGAAGACCUGAACAGCACUAUCACCUCUCAGACUUCGCUGAUUAUUGGGCUGCGAUCCACCGUCCAAAGGCUGAAUAGCGACGCGAAGCUUGUCGAAAGUUUUCGAAAGAACUUGGUGCGCUGUCAAGGUGACUUGGAUGCCGUGAAAAAGCGUGAAAGGCUGCUCCAAGAAGAAUACGCGAAAUUCAAAGUAACCUCUAGCAACGAGAAGGAGGCCAUGAUGAGCAAAAUCCUAGGCUUUCAGCAGCACCUCCAGCGCAACGAUACUGCUAACGGAAAUGUGACCGCCUUGGAGACGAAGAUCAGGACAUUGAUGAAAGAAAAAGAGGCGCUGGAAGUUCAACUCGAAGCGUCAAACUCUCGCUGUGGAGAUUUACAUACUCGAGUUGCGCAGUUGGAUAAUUUAUCGGAAGAGUUCGUGCAGGUGAAGAGGAAGAUGGAGAAGGAGAAACACGACGUUGAGGUAGAGCUGGCUAACACACAGCAAGAGCUCGAGAAUUGUAUACAGAGACAGAAAGAGACGGAAGAACGGGCGCAAGAAGCAGAAGCGCGAAACGCUGGAAUGCAAGAACUCACCGACACGCUCCAAACUCGAGACGAAGAGAUCGCAACUUUAAUGCAAAAAGUUAUCAAGCUCGAAGAUGAUGUUGAGGAGCGAGAUCAACGGUACACUGGGCUCCAAGACGAACUUCACAAAGUGAACACGGAGCUGCAAAACCUCAAGCAACUUUCUCAUGACGAGACCGUCCAAGCUUUGCAAAUGGCACGGCAAAAAGCUGCCACCUACGAGGCGUUGACGCUUCUGAACGAGGAGAAGAAGGCACUGGAAGAACAGCUCCGACUCGUUCAAGAGCAACUGGAAGCUGAACGAGUGGCGCUACAUGAAGAGAAAGAUGCCAGGGAACACAUGGUCGCAGUUCUGGAGGCCCAUGUCCUGACAAUCGACGAGCUGCGGAAGGAGAACAAUGCGUUGUUGGAGCAGAUUCACAUCACACACAUGGCUGCCAAGGACACAGCAGCGUUCGGUACCCAGACCGUUGAAGAGCUAGUCAGCCCCGAGACUCACGCUGAUACUCCAAACGAGUUAGAGGCAGCUCGAGCCGAAUUAGAGCAAGCCAAAACCGAGUUAGAGGAAGCCAAAACCGAGUUAGAGGAAGCCAAAACCGAGUUAGAGGAAGCUAACAGCGAGCUGGAAGAUCUUCGGAGCCAAGUGGAAGAACUCCAACAAAAGUACGACGGACUCCAAAAGAAUAACGAAGAUCUAAAAGAGAAUCAGGGCCAGAUGGAGCUCGGGUACAAGCGGACAGUCUCACGAGAGCGAUACAAGUCCGAGUCGUUCCAGAGUCAGCUGAGGCUCUUGCAGAACGAAAACGGCGAGCUGAGCGAGAAGAUGGAGACGCUCUGCAAGGAAUUGACCAAGGAGCAGCAGCUGAAUGAUGCCCAAACGCUGGAGAUGAAUGAUCUCAGACAGCGAGUUCUGUCUCGUGAAGCGAUUUACCUACUCCGUAAGACGCAGGACUCACUGGAGCAGACAGUGAACUCCCUUCUGGAAGCGGAGCACGCGUCCGAGAGCACCUUCACGUGUCUGCAGUGUAUGCAGCUCUUCACUCAGCCGAUGACGCUCGCUCCCUGCGGCCACACGUACUGCGCUGCGUGCCUAGCCAAGUGUGGAAAUGUGGAUAUACCUUCGUCGAUUACGUGCAAAAUGUGCGAGUCGGGAGUCAAGAAGGAGACCGAGUGCAUCUUCCCCAACUACGCGCUGGCCGAUCUCACUGCUCGCUUUACCUUCCGGCAACAGAGUCUAGCGUCGCUGACGACCAUGUGCCUCUCUCUCCGUAAUAGCUUCACCCAGCGAGGGCCCAACUCAAAGUCAACAACUAAGCUCUCUGAAACGUAG